AUGUAUAACGGCAGCGGGAAAAAAUCACGUCCGUCUACCGGUUACUUAGUCAGACCGCGAUUGGGCGCUCUCAGGUCAGUCUACUCCAACAGGCCCUUGUCCACCAUGUCGCCCGAGAAGAGGAAGAAACUGAAAAAAUCUGGAUUCCCCAAAAUGGAGUGGAGGAAGAAACCGGACUACGCAGAAACCGCCUACAGAGAGGCCGUGGGCCGGUUGAGGAUCCUCUUGGCCGAGAGCUACACCCCGAUCAAAAGACCCUUCCACAAGGACCUGGACAGCGCCGGCGAAGAAACCGACAAUCAGUCGCUGAUGAGCGCCGGCAGCAAGAAUUCCCGCUUCAGCAGGCACUACUACUACAAUCCCGCCGUUCCCAGGAGAUAUUACUACCCGACUUUCCGAAAUCAGUUCCAGCACUUGAACGUCGAUCCAGAAAAACCUCUACCGAAUCUUCCCAAAUACGACAGCUCAGCUCCUCCUGAACUUCUCUCUUUCAUCGAAAGACAAGAAGAUUACAUCGAGCAAUUGGAGAAGGAGUCGCGCUUUUGCCGAGAAGAAUUGUCUUCUUUGUUGGGCAAAGUCAAAGACGUCAUCAGCGAAAACGAGAAUUUACACGAGAGACAAAAAUCGAAAUUGAUCAAAUCGGUGUUCGAUCAUUUGGAAACCGAAACCGAAACGGAAACGGAGUUAGAAAACAAACUGGCUUUAAAAUCUCCGAGGAAACAAAGGAAAACCACACCCUCCGAAGGACCAGCCAUCGUUUUCGAAUCCAGAAUAUCCGAACUGGAAGCGCAAUUGACCCAGUGCAAAAUCGAUCUGAAGAAAUCCCAAGACGACAACGAAACCCUCAAAAGGAAAAUUAACGAUGGCACUAUAUUGGACACGUUCGGUUGCGAAUCCUUCAAAAAACAACUGGAGAACUUACAAAAAGAGAACAAUACGCUGCAAGAAACCAUAAAGAAGCUGCAAACUGCACUAUCCAUGUUCAAAGAAAAAGAAAACGAUGUAACCGAUAAAGUCAAAAGAAGCUUGGACGUGGCAGAACAAGCUCAAUACGAAAAAGGUGUAGCAGAAGCAGAAAUAAGACGGCUCAAAGACGAAUUGGACAGACAACACAUGAAGCUCAGAGACGCCAUUGGUGAACAAAGCAGGAGAAUAUCGGACGAGAGAAGCGCAGUGGAGAGAAGAUACACGCAGCAAAUCGAGCAACUAACAGCCGAACUGGGCGUGCAAUGGGAGAGCACCAACAAAAUGCAAAUGGAGCUGGACAAGCAACGCAGAGAGAACGCCGAUUUGCGCCGCGAGGUGGCGCAGAAACAAGCUCUCAUCGAGGAGCUCAGAAAGGACAUGCAGAGCAAAAUUAUUACUCUACAAUCGGACAUCGGAGUAAGCGGAGCCGAGAAAAGCGCCCUCGAACAGCAAAUAUCCACGCUACAACUGGCCAACGAGCGAAGCGAUCGGCAAUCCAAGCAGGAAAUUGCGCGCCUGCAGGCCGAGCUGCAAUCGCUGCGACAGAGGCUGGAUAGAGCCGACGCCGAUUUGAUACACAGCCGCAGGGAGAACAUCAGAUUAUCCGAACAGAUCGCUUCCUUGGAAAAAGAGAUAAACAUGAACGCGGCUCUAUCGGAGGAAAAGAACAAAACCCCGAGGGGCGGCGAGAUCGUCGCGCUGCCGCCUCCGGCUCCGAAAAAGGACGACAGGGAAUCGGAGCUGAGCGCUCUGAUUAGCGACAUGGAAAACAAGCACGCGGCCACGGUCGCCGAGUUAGAGGGCAUGGUCUACUCCCAGAAUCAACUCAUGGAAAAACUGUCCGACGAAUGUCGCGCUCUUACUCGAAAGCUGGAAGACACCACCGGCAAGCAUAAGGAGGAAAUUCGCGAACUACAAACUAACAUAGAAUAUUUGAGCAAUAAAUUUAGCCAGUAUUCGACGUCCAGUUUCAAAGGUGAAGAACCCCUGUCGACGAAUACUGAAAGGGCACCUCAAGCAACAAACCUCCAACCGACGACAGAACCAUCAGAACCAUCGGAGACACCAGUACACAACAAAGGAGAUGAACAUAACACAAAUGAUCAACAACAUUCUCUAAAUCCAGCUCAACCUGAUUACCAAUACACUCAAGAAACACCGGAUCAGUACCAAUAUGAUCCUAAUUACGAUCCCAAUCAGUACGAUCCCAACCAACAGUACGACCCCAAUCAGUACGAUCCUAAUCAAAUGUACUACCCCAACGAGCAGUAUGACGAGCAGAACCAGCAGUAUAGCCAGCAGGAUGAGCAGUACAAUCAGCAGAAUGAGCAGUACGAGCAAAUUCAAAAUCAGGAGUACGCUGGUGAUCCUAACCAACCACCCGAAGCGGGUGUUGUUGGGGAUAGUAAUCAAUCGUAA